CUGAAAGUUGACUCUUUAGGUGGAAGAGCAAACAAAAGGAACUGGCUUUUUCCUCUACUUUGAUUUCACUGGCCCUCUUUCCUUGAUUGCUGGUGACACAAUUAUUUAUGAUUGUAUCUGUUGCGAGAGAGAGAGAGAGAGAUUUUGGAGGUGGGUUUACCCCAGAUCCAGGGAACUCGAGCAAUACGUGAAAAAAAGAUCGAUCUUUAUUUUCUUUGUAGAUCUUUUAGUGUUUAUCCUGUGACUCUUGUUUGAUUGAAUAGAUAGGGAAGGAGAUUCAAGAGAAGAAGACGAAGAAGAAAGCGGGAGGAGCUUAACAAGCCUUUUGUGGGGGAAACUCUCUAAUUUUGGAAAUGGUUUCUAUUUGUGGAAGUCUGGAUCCAGUAGGGUUGACCAGAUCUGUGUAACCCACAAGCUGCUUUAUCUGGAAAUAUAAAUUUCUCCUGGUUGGUGUAUCUCCUCGAGGCAUGGAAGAUGGUUUCUUGAAUAACAUUGUCGUUGUUGUCCGAAUCCUGUUCUCUCUAAGAGGUGUUCAACAAUGGUAGGGUCUUGUAUUGUUGGGGGGUCUGGUGGCGAAUUCCUGCGAUUUCUCGAUAGAGAAUUGGACCAAAAACAUGAUUCCUCCGGUGGUUGUGGCUAUCGGAGUUUCUAGUUUUGUCUUCGAUAACUCAGUAGUAGCUGCACAUAUGGAUAUUUCAAGAUUCAAGCCUUCAACAGAUGAGGCUGAUACCCUUUUACCAAAUAAUGUAAGUAAGGAUUCGGAUAGCGAGGUUGGAAGUUCCGAAAUGUUGCAGGUUGAUGAAGAUGGUGGAAAGAACGCUGAAUCAACUUCGUUGGAUGAAAUGUUCGAAACGAAAGACGAGUUAAUUGUUGCAGAUGAUGCCAUGAGAGAGAUCGAAGAGUGUGAUUCGUUGUCACUGGAGGGCGAUUGCUCGCUUUCUUUGGCUAGUGAAACUAGUAGCUUGUGUGGAGACGAAUUCCCGGGUUUCGAGGCUGCUUCCGAAAUGGGAACCCUUAGUGCUUUGGACCUUAUCUCGAGGGCCAGUAUUUCCGGAGGUUUAGGUGUGAAUGCCGACAUUGCUACUAGCCCAGUUGCUUUGGCCAUGAAUCUUGAGGGCGAAACUGGAAUUGUCUCUAGAGAUGAACCGGCUUCUGUUGUUCUUCGGUUGGCUGCAGAAAAAGGGGCGACUGCUUCUGGACGGAGUGUGUUCGAGGUUGAAUAUAUCCCGUUGUGGGGAAUCACGUCAAUAUGCGGGAGGAGACCCGAGAUGGAAGACGCUUUCGUGGCCCUGCCUCGUUUUCUGAAACUUCCAAUUCAGAUGCUAAUCGAGUAUAGAGUACUCGAUGGAAUGAGCAACUGCUAUUCCGAGCAAACAGCUCAUUUCUUUGGGGUUUACGAUGGUCACGGUGGUUCACAGGUCGCAAACUAUUGCCGUGAGAAUCUGCAUACUGUUCUAGCCGAGGAGAUCGCUUCCGCUAAGGAAAGGAUCGGUGAUGGGAAUACGCAGGAAAGUUGUACCGAGCAGUGGAGACGGGCAUUAACCAACUGUUUUAUUAAGAUCGAUGCAGAAGUCGGAGGAAAGGCUAAUACAGGGCCGGUUGCACCUGACACUGUUGGUUCAACGGCAGUUGUUGCUAUCAUCUGUUCUUCCCACAUCAUCGUAGCGAACUGCGGAGAUUCAAGAGCAGUCCUUUGCCGCGGGAAAGAACCGAUCGCUUUAUCGGUUGAUCAUAAACCAAACAGAGAAGAUGAGUACGUGAGGAUUGAAGCUGCCGGAGGAAAAAUCAUACAGUGGAACGGACACCGCGUUUUUGGUGUUCUCGCAAUGUCAAGAUCCAUUGGGGAUAGAUACCUGAAACCAUGGAUAAUACCAGACCCGGAAGUGGUGUUCUGUCCACGGACCAAAGACGAUGACUGUCUGAUCCUAGCAAGUGACGGCCUUUGGGACGUAAUGACGAACGAGGAGGCUUGCGAGCUCGCCCGAAAACGCAUAAUGCUCUGGCACAAGAAGAACGGGCUCUCGGGUUCGUCCCGAGGCCGAGACGUCGACCCGGCAGCUCAAUCCGCGGCCGAAUAUCUGUCGAACCGAGCUCUCCAGAAAGGGAGCAAGGACAACAUCACAGUCAUUGUGGUCGAUCUGAAGGCUCAGAGGAAGUUCAAGAACAAAUCUUGAAGGCCAAAGAUUGUAGCUUUUGAUCAAAUAUAUAUAUAUAGUAAUGACGAAUUUUAAAAGAAUUGUUUCUAGUGGAAUUUGGAUUUUUAUGGGUAUGUGUAAAUGUUUGAGAUGUGGUUCUUAGAAUUGUUGCAGAAAAAAAAAAUUUGAAGUUUCCAUGGUAUUGUUA